CAUCUCUUGCAGCUGAGGCUCUGAAAUACUGGAGAACACUGCAUCUUCCUCAGGGACACAGACAAAGAGGAGCUGGAGCCUCUGGGGAGUUUGGAAAGGAAUUGCAGUCAGUGAUCGCCUGAGGAACUUACCUUCACACCAAUGUUGCUCUGAAACGAGUUAUGUCCAACAUUCAGGUUUGGUAAGAUGCCUCAGGAACAGUACGCGCACCGGAGCGCCAUGCAGACCUCGGAAGGACCCCAGGUAUACAAAGUGGGGAUUUAUGGCUGGAGGAAGAGAUGCCUCUAUUUCUUUGUGCUGCUCCUAAUGAUUUUAAUCCUGGUGAACCUUGCUAUGACCAUCUGGAUUCUGAAGGUUAUGAACUUCACAAUUGAUGGAAUGGGGAACCUGAGAAUCACAGAAAAAGGUCUAAAGCUUGAAGGAGAUUCAGAAUUCUUGAAACCUCUCUACGCCAAAGAAAUCCGGUCAAGACCAGGCAACCCACUGUACUUCCAGUCUGCCAGAAAUGUGACAGUGAACAUCCUCAAUGAGAAGACUAAAGUCCUUACUCGCCUUGUAACAGGUCCCCAAGCAGUGGAAGCACACAGCCAAAAAUUUGAGGUGAAAACCCUCUCUGGAAAAUUGCUGUUUUCAGCAGAUGACAACGAAGUGGUGGUUGGAGCAGAGAGAUUGAGAGUUUUAGGAGCAGAAGGCACAGUGUUCCCUAAAUCUAUAGAAACUCCCAAUGUCAGGGCAGACCCCUUCAAGGAACUAAGGCUGGAGUCACCUACACGUGCACUGGUGAUGGAGGCUCCAAAAGGCAUCGAGAUCAAUGCUGAGGCUGGCAGCUUGAAAGCCACGUGCAGGACAGAGCUCAGGCUGGAAUCCAAAGAUGGAGAGAUAAUGUUGAAUUCUGCAAAAAUCAAACUACCUAACUUGCCUCAAGGAUCUUCCUCUUCUGCAGGGUCCAGGCAAAAAAUCUACGAGCUCUGUGUGUGUCCCAAUGGGAGGUUAUUUCUGUCUCAGGCAGGCACCAGCUCCACCUGCCAGAUAAAUACAAGCGUCUGCCUUUGAGAAACAAUUUGCAGUGGGGCAUCAGGCAGCACAAGCCAGUUCUGGUCUCUCAGAUUGCAGCUGCCAACUAUUUUUACUAGAACACAGAAAGCCUAUCAAAGACUUUUUUUGUGUGUGCGCGCGUGUGUGUGAAUAUAUAUAUAAAAAUAUAUAU